CAGCUUCUCGCCACGAUAACGCCAUAUAACUUCAUUUUAACUACAUACGAAGUUAUUGUAUUCUGUCAGAAUGUCUGCCGCACAACUAUUGAACCCAAAGGCGGAGUCCAGAAGAAGAGGGGAAGCUUUGAAAGUCAAUAUCAGUGCAGGUGAAGGUUUACAAGAUGUUUUAAAGUCAAACUUGGGUCCUAUGGGAACCAUUAAAAUGUUGGUUGACGGUGCUGGAGCGAUAAAACUUACGAAGGAUGGAAACGUUCUGUUACGUGAAAUGCAAAUACAAAACCCUACGGCAGUUAUGAUUGCACGAGCAGCAACCGCACAAGAUGAUAUUUGUGGUGAUGGCACAACCUCAGUUGUUCUUCUCGUAGGAGAGCUUUUGAAACAGGCAGAUAGAUAUAUUUCCGAAGGUUUACAUCCCAGAAUUAUCACAGAUGGUUAUGAGAUUGCAAAGACAGAAGCGUUGAAGUUCUUGGACACUUUCAAAAUUGAGAAGGAAGUCGACCGUGAACUUUUACUUUGCGUUGCGCGAACCUCCCUUUCUACAAAACUUAAUCACACCCUGGCGGAAAAGCUCACUCCUGAUAUCGUCGAUGCGGUCUUGUCGAUUUACCAAGCCCCGGCAAAGCCUGAUCUCCACAUGGUCGAAAUUAUGAAGAUGCAACACAGAACUGCCUCAGAGACUCAGUUGAUUCGUGGUCUUGCGUUAGAUCACGGUGCUAGACAUCCAGAUAUGCCAAAGAAGGUCGAGAACGCAUUUAUUCUCAGCUUGAACGUCAGUUUGGAGUACGAGAAGUCCGAAAUUAACUCCGGUUUCUACUAUUCGAGCGCGGAACAAAGAGAUAAACUCGUGGAGAGCGAGCGUCGUUUUGUUGACGAGAAAUUAAGAAAAAUUGUUGAGUUGAAGAAGGAGGUUUGCGGAAACGACCCCAAGAAAGGCUUCGUUAUUAUCAACCAGAAGGGUAUUGAUCCAUUAUCACUUGAUGUCUUGGUUAAGAACGGAAUCUUUGCUCUGAGAAGAGCUAAGCGAAGAAACAUGGAAAGAUUACAAUUAAUUUGUGGUGGUACAGCACAGAACAGUGUGGAUGAUUUAACCCCUGAAAUUCUUGGAUGGGCUGGAAAUGUUUAUGAGCAUCAAUUGGGAGAGGAGAAGUACACUUUCAUCGAGGAUGUAAAGGAGCCAAAAUCCGUGACCCUUCUCAUCAAGGGACCAAAUCAACACACCAUUACUCAAAUCACCGAUGCAGUCCGUGAUGGUCUUCGAAGUGUUUACAACAUGAUUGUAGACAAGAGCGUUGUACCAGGAGCUGGUGCUUUCCAGGUUGCUUGCGCAGCACAUUUGAACAGCGAAGCUUUCCGCAAGACUGUCAAGGGUAAGGCGAAGUGGGGUGUUCAAGCUUUCGCUGAUGCUCUUCUCGUUAUUCCUAAAACUUUGGCAGCAAAUGCUGGUCAUGAUAUUCAAGAUUCGCUUGCUAGCUUACAAGAUGAGCAAGCAGAAGGCAACGUUGUCGGUCUUGACCUCAAAACUGGUGAACCUAUGGAUCCAGUCUUGGAGGGUGUAUAUGAUUCUUUCCGUGUACUGAGGAAUUGUGUUGCAUCGAGUUCUGGUAUUGCAUCCAAUCUCUUGCUUUGUGAUGAAUUGCUCAAGGCACGUCAAAUGGGUAGAGCAAAGGGACCGGGUGAUAUGGAUGGAUAAAGUCAUGAAUAAAAGAAGCCUAAUGAUCAUUUGUAACGACUUUAUUGGGAAGGUAGACAAAAUACAUGCAUGGUAUUUUUAUAGGUUCGCAUCUCAUUUGUUUUGAGAUGUCACUCUGUAUAUUAUUACCGUAUCUAGAGAGGCCAUGUAGAGUGUCUACCAUAUUCAUACCUAGGUAAAUAGAGAUGAAAUGAAUGAUUUGAUGAAA